CUGGCGGUCCUCAGCCACUUGCUGGCCAUCAAAGGAACACCUAGACGGCGAUGAAGCUGCUCUGGUUACUUCAGGCGCUCGUCCUAGUCACUGCGACGGUCAGCCAACUCCUCGACUACCGAGCGCACGUCUUCAACUCUGUCUCUUCCGCCCUCCGGCAAUGGGGCAACACGCUCAAUCCGAAUGGCGCAUCAUUCGUCCCCGGCCUCAUACGUGCAGGGACAUCGAUGUACCACGCUCGACCAUCUGCCAGUCCACCCGACACGCCCGAAUGGCUCGCUUUCGAUGCGGAGAUGAGCUUUGGGAUCUUUGGCAACAGGAUGGCCUUUCCUAGGAGAAACCAGACUGGGGAGACGUGGAUGAGGACCUAUAGUGCUAAGAGGGAUAUCAAAGUGGGAUAUUUCGAUGGCAUGAGCGCCAUGAUCGCCAACACGGGAACGUUCGAUUUUGUCGAUCUGAUUGGGUACGGCUUAGCGGGGACGCCGUCGACGGAUUGGAGAGGUGUAUGGGACGAGUACAUCCGUGCAGCGAAACUCUGCAACUGGACGAAAGAAUUCGACGUCGAUCUGGACGGGUUUGUCCGCAUGAACGCAGGCUUCGAGCUCAUCGUCUGCGACUGGUCUGCAUGGGAGCUCGGAGCUAACGUCAACGUCACACGCACACAUCAGGACUCUGCCGAGCCGUUCUACGAAUGGGCUCGCUCUGCUGCUUGGCACAACUUUGUCAGUGAUUCAAGAGUCGAGCUCGAUUGGAGCGGCUUCGUCUCUGCUCAUGGUCGAGAUGUGAAGUUGGAUCCGAAGGGCUCGCUCAAGGAGCGGCGAAUGAUUACGAUGUCGAACGAAACUCGACAAACGAUUCGAGAUGAAGUGCUCGAAGUCACCAAUCGCCCCUUGUUCGGCAAGCGCAGUGUCAAUUGGCAAAUGCUGGUCGACACUGUGACGACACGUUACCAGCCGCGACUUCUCGAAAUCCAAAACAUUCUCUCAGGCACUGCUCCAAAUGAAACUGAGAUAGCCACUGCUGCGUCUCUUGUCCACAUCUCCUUAGUUCCAUAUUACGAGCCACACCUUCCCGACCGGGGUCUCAACAAGUGCAUCAACGGCCUCACAUGGCACAUCGAGCGGCUCCACUUGACGAAGGAGGAACAGAAGAUCUACAAGAGUGUCCUUUUCGUUCUUGACAGAAUCUGCACAACAUUGUUCGACCUCUUCGAUCUCCUACCAAUAGCACCACCCAGUCCGAGCCCCUCACCUUGGUCCACCAACUCAACCACUUCUGACGCAAGUGUUCUCGUUUCAACCUUGUUUGAGGAUCUCGUCUGGCCAACCUUCGUAAGCUGCCCGAUCGGUGCCUGCUCGGAUGCGGCAGGCGAGUUUUGCUCACUCGCUGUAUGGCCCAUCGUAUGGAGCACUCCUGGAGCAGACUGGCCCAGAUGUCUGAAUAGGGCGGCAUUCGACUGGAAGAACCGCCGAGGGCCUGGUCGUGGUCCUGGGGGCCCAGGAAGGAGGCCGUAUGGUAGUCGUCCCCGCGGCGAUGGACCUCGCGGUCAUGACGGCUCAGGACAUCACGAUCCGCCACCUCCGUCUCCGGAGCACAUUAGAGACCACGACGGGCAGGCUGUUUUCAGCCUAUGGGAAGACUUUGACAGCCUGCGCCCGGAUUGGGUUUGGUGGCCAGAACAUUACGAGAUGGAAUAAACUGGAGGCAUGGCACAAUCCCGGUCCUUUUUGUGUACAAGUACUGUUCAAAUAUAGACGACUUCGUGGGUUCUUUUUCUCUCCAU